GACAUAUUUUUUGCCGGCCGUAUGGUAAACGAUGUAAUAAAGGGAGAUAUAAGAAACAAUGCAGAGAUGAAAAUAGUUCUUGUACAUGGAAAACCCCAUCUAUGCCUGUUUGCCACCAAAGACAUUUCAGUAAAUGAGGAGCUGCGGUUCGAUUACGGAGUGCCAAAUUUACCAUGGAGAAAGGCUGGUGAAGACCUUGUCAAUCACGAGGGAAACGCCGUACCAAAUGUGAAGUCACAGAAAGAUACUACUCGUUUGUCUGAUGAAGACGUGGCCCAUGAAGUUAGAAAUUGCGUCAGACAUUUGGAGUCCCAAGCUGAAAUUUUUGCUGAUGAAGACGUAGUCUACGAAGAUGGAAAUAGUCUGAGAACCGUGGAUUCACGGAACGAUACCUUGGCUGAUCAAGACAUGAUCCACAAAUUAGAAAAUGACGCCAGACUUGUGGAACAAUCCCAAACCGGAGUUAAAGCUAAUGAAAACAUGAGCCAUAAAUUCAGAAAAGACGUCAGACCUGUGGAACAGUGCAAAGCUGAAGUUGAAGUAAUUUCUACAUUAAUACACAUUAAGUGAUAUCAGCAGAGAAUGAUAUUUUACAGAAAAUGUUAAAAGGACACUUAACUGUCUACCUAUUGUUAAUGGGAAGUCAUUACAUGUCACAGAAGACACAUUCGCAGGGAUCGACAUUAACUUUUGAAGCCAUUUGUCCGGUCGGACAAGCAGACCAAAAUUUCACUUGUCCUCACCAAAAAGCAACUUGUCCUGACCAUUAUACUUUAUUCUGCUCAGUACUUUGCAAAAUAAUGAAAUAAUACAAAAUGCUCAAAUCAAAAAGACUUUAAUCGUUCAAAAUACAUGUUAAGAUAAUUGUAGGCAAUGCAAAAAAAACUGACUAGAAUAACAGGAAAACUCAAGAUUAUUGAUUUUUAAACAUUAUACAACGCCAUAAUACCUGACAAAAACUUGUGUUUUGCCACAAUUAAGCAGAAAGUGUUCAAAUUGACGAAAAACCAAAGGAAAGCAGAUUAGACAUUUUUAAGCAGACGACAUUGUACUAACGAAAACAACCACAAAUGGGAAUGGUGUUGUAAAAUUCUUUCUAUACAUAGAGAUGACGUCACUACGUUAAUUG